AUGAUCAUGCACCCGUGGAACGACCCGAUCGUGCUUCGGCGAAGCUGGUGCGUCUUUGAGGUGUACGUGGCCGUGACACUGGGCGCACGCUUUGAGAUCGCACUGGCGCGGGAUCAAGAAGCCACGUUUCUCAACGACAUGGCCGACGAAGGCGCAAUCCAUGGCAUGCUGGCGACGAUCAAGAGCGAGGACUCGGAGACAACGGUGCCGAGCGACCGCGACGGUAUUUUUUAUUUGAUUCGCGCCGAGACGUCGUUCAUCGCGGUAGAUCGGCUCAUCUUUUCGACUUUAUCCAACUGGAUCAAGACGACCUUGGAAUCGUCCAUCGGUGC